GCACCGUGCAGCUGCAUAUUUAUGGAAGCAAACAAAACUUCCAAAACAACCAAACCCAAAGGUUUUCGUCUCGAAUCAAUCAUUAUCUUGUAAAAUUAUGGACUCAUCGACCACAGCUGCCGACCACGACGAUCCACCGGCAGAGAACGACGCCGACUCGACGGUCCUCGACCUGACGGGCUGUCAGCUGCGGGAUCUUGGCUCGGUCGAGCUACCGCCUACUCUGACGGAGCUGGACCUGACAGCAAACCGGUUGACGGCGUUAGACCUCCGUAUUUCACAGCUCUCCAAUCUCAAGAAGCUCUCUCUGCGUCAGAACCUCCUCAACGAUGAAGGCGUCCUCCCUCUGUCCACGUCGCAUUCUAUCUCCGCUCUCCAGGAGCUAGUGUUGAGGGAUAAUCAGUUGAAGAAAAUUCCAGAUGUUACCAUAUUCAGAAUGCUCCUGGUCUUCGAUGUCUCAUUUAAUGAGAUCUCUUCACUUAGUGGGCUAUCCAAGGUGGCAAACACGCUUAAAGAGCUUUACGUGUCGAAAAAUGAAGUGGCAAAGAUAGAAGAGAUUGAGCACUUCUCUGAGCUGCAGAUUCUCGAGCUUGGAUCGAACAAAUUACGGGUGAUGGAGAAUCUGCAAAAUUUAUCAUCCUUGCAAGAACUGUGGCUCGGGCGCAAUCGUAUCCGAGCCAUUAACCUUUGCGGGUUAAAAGGUAUUAAGAAGCUCAGCCUUCAAAGCAACCGUUUGACUUCAAUUGCUGGAGUUGAGGAAUGUGUUGCACUAGAAGAAUUAUACUUGAGCCAUAAUGGAAUUGCGAAAAUGGAAGGCUUAUCUUCUUUAGUCAACCUACGGGUCCUGGAUGUGGCAUCUAACAAGCUCACAGAAAUAAAUGACAUCGAGAACUUGACAAAAUUAGAAGAUCUUUGGCUUAAUGACAACCAAAUACCAUCACUGAACAACAUAGCUGAAGCCGUUGCUGGUGCCAGGAACAGUCUCACUACCAUUUACCUCGAGCGCAAUCCAUGUGCAAAUUCUCCAAGCUAUAUCUCUACUUUGAAACAAAUAUUCCCCAACAUUCAGCAAAUUGAUUCUGAAAUCUUUUCAUAGAGCUUUUGGGCGAAAAUUAUUUUCUUUUAGCAGAGGAUAAUUGUGCUGCCACCAAAAUUGGAAAAAAAUAAAAUAUAUGACCAUUGUAUGCAUAUGUUGCUGAUGCUUGAGGUGACGUGAUGAUGCAGCCUGCAAUUGAAAUUCAAGGCUAGGACGAAUCCAAAGGCAACUAACUAUUCUAACUCAUCAACAUGUGUUUUUUCCUGAGGUCAGUGCCAAAAUAGAGUUUUUAACGAGUUUAAUGAAGUGAUUAUAAGAAUCUCACCUUCAGGCUUCAUGUGAGGAGAUAUUUUUGUAGUAAUUCUCUGAUUUUAAAACACAAUUCCGGAGGGCAACACUAGUUUCUGCAGUUGAGCGGGUCUUUCAGAAUUUGAUUAUUAUAUCGAUGAAGUGGAUGAAGUAAGAAGCUAUUGAGCUUAUAACCGCUUUGUUGUUUUUUAAGUUGGUGAUUGUCUCUAAUGAUUAG